UGCAGCUACUUAUACAAUUUAUAUUUGAAAAUAUUUCUUUUUAUUAGUUGAUUUAGAAAGACUCAAAUGAUAUAGUGUGUAAACUUUUUAUAUAUAUCUCAUAUGAAAAUAUUAAAAAAUUCCCGGGGACUAUAUAUAUCAUCCAAAUCAAAACUGUUGGCUUAUAUACCAGCUACCGUCACUCGGAAUUUCAAAACUAUAUGAAAAAUAAUCUUAAUAUAUUCAGUUUUGACUAAACGAAUAUAUUAUAUAUCCAAUCCUUUUGGUACUAUUAGAUAAUUCAAUCUUCAUGACAACAUUUUAUCAUUUUGAUUAGUAUGUACACACACACACAUGCAUGUGUCGUCGUCGUGUAAGCCAAAUCUAUAAACAGUUAUAAUAUGGAUUAGCUAUCAUAGGUUUGAAUGGGCAACAUAAGACAAUCUUGCUUCCAAAUAUGUUACAACAAGGUUGAUCAAUAGUAAACCUACAUUAAUCAAAUUAUGAUAUUGUAUAUGUCUACUUUGAUAAUUGAAUAGAUUCGCGACGCAGAUCGCUUAAUCAGCAGAUCGGUCCGAAUCAAACAGAUUUUUUUUUUUACCUCAAAUAAUAUGGAUACCUUUUAGUUUUGAUCAACAGUUCCUAAGUUAAUAUUUUUUUCUAUUUUCAUAACUACUUUAUACACAUCAUAAUACUUUAAAAUAUUAAUGAAACUUAUAAUUGUUUUCUAUAAACAAUCUUUUUCGUUGAAUUAACCUAAGCUUUUCAUACCAAAGACACUAAGCUUUUUGAUUUCUCAAUGAAAAUGAAGACUUAAAUAAGUUAUCUUCAGACUGAAUUUUUAUUUAAAAUAUCCACUCCUAAUAUUAUAGCUUACAGCCUUACAGUAUAUCGAAUAUAUGACAAGUGGAAAAUGACAGGAAACGACUUUUUCAACCAUCACCUAUGACAUGAAACGACUUUUGCUACCGUCACGUAUGACAUCAAAAUUAAUGUAUUUCCGAGAAAAGAGAAAAAAAUUGUUCAAAGAAGUGAAAGCAUAUAGAUCAAGGUCUCACCGCUCACGUUCGGAGAUAAAAUAAAAAGCAUUAACAAGAAACUUUUUUAAAAAGGGAACGAAUAAUCAGACAAUUCAUAUAAUAUUGCUGCAAAACAAGAAGUGGAUAAGACUGUCACAAGACAUCAACGGUAUCUCCAACCUUUAUAAAUAAUUUUUCUCCUGCUCUUCUUUUUCUCUGAACAUUUUCUUCUCUUGGCUACUUCACAAAUAACCAAAAAAAAAACACUCAUUUUCUCUCUGCUCUUGAGAAUCACGAGAAUAGUCAAGAUGGGAAGUUUAGGAGAAGAAGAUUUGGAGCAGCUUGUGAUCGAUUACAUGGAGUCUCCGAUGAUCGCCUCCGAUGAGUUGGAGAAACCUUCAGGAGUUCUUAUGAGUCUUCAGGAUGUUCUUGGGGCAAAAGGAGAAAAAGAGAAGGAGAUUGAAGAGAAGAUAAAAUCGUUUAUCAGAAGAAGAAAAUUAUCAUACAAAGGAGACGAUGAGAAGAAAGAUGUGAUGAAAAGGAUUGUCUCUAAGCUUAGAUCUGACGGCUACGAUGCUUUUAUCUCUAGAACCUCGUGGGAUUCUUCUUUUGAUCGGCUUGAAGGAUGUAGAGUGUUUCGUUGCACAAGAAAGUACGAGUUCAUUGACGUCAUGGUGGCUAGUGAUCGCGACGGUGAUGAUGUAAACAAGCUGAGACGUGUGAUCAUUGAUCUUGAUUUCAAAUCUCAGUUCGAGCUGGUGAAACAGACAAGAUGUUACAAAGACGUGACUGAGAUGCUUCCGACAAUAUUUGUUGCGUCAGAAGUGAGACUCAAAAGAGUUGUUUCGUUGGUUUGUAAUGAGAUGAAAAAAUCGAUGAAGGAAGAAGGAAUGUCUAGACCACCGUGGAGGAAUAAGAGAUACAUGCAAGCCAAGUGGCUCUCUGAGAAUCGUCUAAGAGUGUCUGGUUCUAAGAAAGGGUCUUGGUCUUUGUUUGAUGAUGGUCAAGGAGGUGAAGAUGCUGGGACAACGAGUCGUGGUGGCAUUGGUUUGAAAACUAAGUGUUGUUUUCCUAUUUUCUGAGAGGAUUGCGCCAAGUUUUUUUUUUGUUUAUCAAUUUCUAUAAAAUUAAAAAAGAGUUAAGGACGGAUUUUGAGCAUUAGUUGUGUUUUUUUUUUGGGGGUAAAACAUUAGUUGUAUUUCUGUUUGUUGCUUCAUAUGAUUGUUCCUUUCUUUCGGGGAUGUUCAACAAAAUUAAGGAAGUGAAGUGGGGCUUGUUGUAUCAGGUUUUUUCUGAUGCUGUAUUGCAUUUCUACUUGUAUCAAUAGCCUAUAUAUAUAAAAGUAUAAUAUGUUUUGUCUUCAUUUUAAAUGUCCAUUUUAGUAUAUAAUGUUAGCUUUUCUAUGGUUCAAGAUAUUUGAUUAAGUGGAUAAUACUGAUUAGAGGACUCGACUACCUUUUCUUGAUUCUCUUUAAAAGAUUUGAAUGAUUAGCAUCUAUGUGUUUCUCUAGUCCAAGAUUCUAUUAUAGUGUUAAUAAAAAGCUUUUAUAUAUAUUCUGCCCUAAAAUUUGAAUGACAUGAGAUGAGAAAUAAGACGACAACAUAAUGGAGUAGCGAUAUCUUUUAUACUGAAUCUGGUUUGUAGAAUAACUUUAGGGAUAUAUACUAUAAAAUCUGGUCUUGAUCGAUAAAAUGAACUAUGUUUCUUGUUUUUUUGCUAAUUAUAACUUUUUCAUAAUAUAUAACAUAAUUAACGUUAAGAACACACGAUUUUUUCACCAUUACAAAAGGAAGAGGUUUAUCUUUUAUAGAAAUGCCAUGUUUGAACAGAAAUGCCAUGUUUGGUUAUAAAACUAUUGUCAUAAAUAUUCGAACGCGUCUUCGUUAGUUUAAAUUGUGUGGAGACUUUUUAAGCAAUAAUGUAAAACAUUCAGAUAAAUCGUGGGAUUAAUGCUAUUAAUGGUCACCAUCAACACUAGCGUCUUCUAUAAGUCGGAAUUGGUCACUGUUUUUAUUGGUUUAAUUUAAGACACUGUUAUGUAAUAUUAUUUCAUCAUAAAAGGUUUACAAACGAAAAUACGAUUUUAAUGAAACAAUGUGUAAAAUGAAGAAAUGAUAUACCAUUUUAUCAAAAAAAAUGAUAUACCAUAGUAAAACUGAGUUGGAUCACAUCAAAAUAUUUGGUUAAAAAGAGAACUAAAUAUUCGCUUUGACAAAUGUUUGGCUGAACUUUACCUUUAUGUUCAGACAAUUAAAUCAAUAAUUGAUGUAAAUGCUCAACCCUCUAGACUCCACCACAGGCUUUCAUGAAGUUGGGAUGAUAAUUUGUUUCUUAUUUUGCUUGAAUAUGCUGUAUGCACUACGUCAAUUAUUGAAGAAUGUAGCCAAUUGGUAGCUUUCCAAUAUAUAUCUAAAUCAGAGUCAUAUCCUAAUUAAUAAGAAUGACGAGGCGAAUCAAAUCCAUCUCAAUUAUAUAAAAAACCAAACUUAGAUUAAUUAAUAACCAUCCAUCACUCUCAACUCUAUAUUCGUACGUAAUCUUCUGUUGUCUUAUCUAUUUCUUCACGCUUUAGUCUUUCGAGUUAAUCCUCGAGAUCUUGAAAGAAACUUCGACUAAACUCACAUUUACCAAAAUCAUAGGUAAGAUAAGUAAGUAAUAAACAAAGAGAUAAUGCAUUGUAUGCUACUACAAAAUUAAAUACAUCAUUUAAUUGAAUAGUAACUAAAGAGAGGAGGCACUUACAAUGAAAAGAUAGGGAAGCAACAGAGAGGAUCUAGUGAUAUAAAUUAAUAGAAAAUUCGAUUUGAAACGGAUAGUCAGAGACUGCUUAUCAGCCAAGCAAGAGAGAAGUAUGAUGAAGAAAUAGUCUCGACCUCCUCAAUUCUUUAACUGUUUUUUUUACUGAUAUGACAUUUUAAUAGAAUAUUGCCACCAGACGAAUAACGAAGAUGGAAUCGUGUUAUUGACUUUAAUAAAAAUGCAAAAAAUUAACCCAACACAUUCAAUGCAUGAACUUAUACCAAAAUACAUAAUCUGAUAUAAUAGUGAAAAUUAGUUAGAAAUUACUAGGAAAUUAGAUAUAGAAGUCAAAGCAUAAAUCACAAAAUGUCUAACGAGGAACUUUCCAAAUAGUGGCGUAAUAAUAUAAUUUUUAAUAGUUAAUAAUACCUAAAAUUUGGAUGUAAAAAUACAGUUAGAGAAAUUGUGGAAUGUUAUAUAAAUAUAUAGACAAAGAAGGGGUUUAAUGUGAAAUAGUGCCAUGUGUGACAAGAAAUCAGAAUGCUUCCAGAAAUGAGACAGAGAGUUGUGUCAGUUUCACUUGCAUCAUUUGGCAGUUUGAGAAAUCCAACGAGCAGUACAGCAGCAGCCGAGCUACAAAGAUCUUUUCUUUACUCGAUUAGCUCUAUUUUUAUGUUUUUUCUCUUUUCUUAUUCUAUACCAAAAUCGGGCAUUGUUACCUUUUUACGUCAGACUUUAUUCAAUAAAACAUAUUUUAUUCAUGGAGAGUAACAUAUUCCAAAACUCCACCAAAAAAAAAAUUAUUUUCAGGAAAGUAUGUAACAUUUUCUAAUAUGAAAUGUGAUUGGUAAUACAUGGAGUAAAAUGGUAAAACAUUCAAAAA